AAUGGUUUUUUAAUUAUGUGCUGGAAAUGUCCCAGGUUGUUCUCGCCUGUCGGACACACACUUGGAAUUAGAAGCGGCAAAAGCUAUAAACGAGGCAUACAUGCUGCAGAAGGACGAAUUGGGUCAGUUUUAAAGGAGGUGCAUCGGCCUUAUCAUGAAGCAAGAUGCCAAGCCUGCAGUGAUCACCUAUGGUAUGUGGGAUCAAGUGCGAGUAGACCAUGGAAAGGAGUUUUACCUGACACUGUUCAUGCAGGAGAUGCUGUCACACCAUCGGUUCAAUCAGGAGAGACUGCCUUAUCUACAGACUUCAUCUACACGACCCUUCUGCAGCUGAUGGACCAAGAGGAGAUCAAUAUGGAGGACAACCUUGUAAAAUACUGUGUGUCCAAUCUAACUUCUAGGCUGUGCCACACUGGUCUUACAAGCGUGGCAGAAUCAUGGAAUGCUCAUAUGAUUCCAGGAAAAGGCAUACCAAAUCACUUUGCAGAACCUGGGUGUAAACGAAGAAUUACAUCAGAACUCUUGCCACAUUCAUUUGGAGCUGCAGACCUUUACAGACAGCAUGUAGGAUCUGCACUGACAACACACUCAACGUUUGGAGUUGAUCCCUUUACAACAGUACAGGACAAACUCAGAACGGAGAAUCAUUUUUCAGAGAAAUAUCCUGACAUUUCACAUUUGUUUCAUAGAGCAGUAAACAACAACUUUGCUCCAUACAAACAAGCCUUGCUUUAUCUGACAAACACAACUCAGAGAAAUGCAUGA